AAAAUACUUGCUAUGGGAAUACCGACGUUCAGACAAUAUGCCAAAUACGUUUUUAAAAAGACACUCAUUUCGAAUGUUUCUGGUAUUGUUUCAACCAAAUCGAUAAAGAAGGCCCUCUGGAAAUCAUUGGUGUUCGUUGCAUGCAUAAUAGGAUUCUUUUACCAAACUGGCGAUUUUCUAAAUUUGUAUUUUACCUAUCCAACAAUUGUUAACGUGGAAGAAAGUAACCCGUUUGAAGUAGUUCUUCCAGCUAUAACUAUUUGUAGCAAUAACAGAUUCAGUCGGCAAGUUUCAUGUGAAAAACACGGUAAUUGGUGCACAUUUUAUGAGAAUGAUGACUUUUGUGAAACAUAUUCUCGAUUUUGUAACACACCCAAUAAUUAUUACAAAAAAAUUCCUCAAAAUGUUUUUAAACAGUUUGAGGAGAAUAAUAAAUCCUGGGACGUUGCAGAUGAAUUAUUUCCAAAGCAGCCAAUCAUUCGUGAGUGCCGGAUGGGUACAAGCAUAAAAAGUUAUGAGUGCAAUGGCCUGAGCCAUACGAAUCAACAAAUGAAAAUUCCUUUUUUGAGUGUAGACAAUAAACCGUCAUACUGCUACGUAAUAGCAUCCCAGCUUCAUCAGCCAGAUUCUCAAGAAGAAAUAUAUCCGAAUUCAUUGUAUUAUGAUAUAAAACUGAAUACUUAUGCUGAAGACUACUUCUUCAUCGAUUCUCCGGUUGUAUUGUAUAUUGCAGUCCAUAAUAGAAAAGAUCUGGUAAACCCUUUCAGGAAAGGAGUGACUCUUAAAGGCGGUCACGGAUAUCGAGCCUUUGUUUCAAUGGCUGAAGUAGAACGACUCCCUUAUCCAUAUAGUACUAAUUGUACAGAUUAUAUCAAGCUCUGGCGGGAAAAUGGUGGCAAAGGACCGCUAACUCAAGUAGAAUGCAUUGAAUAUUGCAAAUUAAAUUUCAUAAAAUCUAUUGGAGAGUGUGUGGAUGAACAUAUAUCUUAUUCUCACUUAGAAGAACUCUGUGCAACAGGUCAUGAAACUAUUACCUAUGACAUUAUCAAGGAUUGUUUUAAGCAAUGCCAGCCAGCAUGUGUGGAAAACUCAUACGAAGUCACCUAUGAAGAACUUGAACUUGAUUCUCAAAAUUGUACACUGAAAAUGGAAGGAUGCAGACUUCAAGAAGUUGAUAUAAAGUUUUCGUUUCGCCAGUUUCAACUGACACGGCAAGUUUUUCAACCUAAAUUUGAUAGCAUUGAAGUUUUCAGUUAUGUUGGUGGUUAUAUGGGCAUUUGGUUAGGUAUAAGCUUGGUAUCCAUAUUUGACGUUUUGGAAUCCAUCAUGAUGUUACUUUGCUUUUGGAUAAGGACCAAAAAAAGAAGGAAAAAACUAAACAUAAAAUACGCAUAAAGUAUGACAGUGGAGCUAAGGCGAAAUACAGUUUUUACAUGAAGGGAUGCCAACUGUUCUGCUUUCUGCAUAAGUUUUAAUGAAUUGGUAGCAAAUUAAAAAGUGAAACUUGCUGAAUAAGGAUAAAUACGACUACUCCUUAAAAGAGUACGUACAAGAAAACCGCAAUAAAGUUGCAUUUCAUACGAUACUUGGAAUUUUUGAUGUGUAGUGUUGGAAAAAUUAUUUUAAAUGAAAAAUACUAAACUAAAAUUAACUUAAAUUUCUUUACCACUCGAGAAAAUUUAUUACAAAGCGGAUCAAGUUGGCAUCUUUGUACAUGUUUGGGUUGUUCUUUUUAUUUUAUUUCGCAUUGUUUUAUUUUAUU